AUGGACGAUACAAAUGGAGCAAUCGGGGCUUCGGCGCCUCUGCUCCGAGGACUGGACUCUGAGCCCCUGACAUCAAUUCCACCAAUCAUCGUCAGAUAUCGGCACGGCAGAGAUGGCAGCAUCCGGUUCGUCAGCCAUACGAAACAUGCCCUCUGUCACAGCUGGGUCAAUGUUCUGCUCGUAUUCGUGCCCGUUGGCAUUGCCGUCAAAGCCGUCGGCUUAAGCGCGGGGCUUAUCUUUGCCAUGAAUGCCAUUGCCAUCAUUCCCCUGGCCGGUCUAUUGAGCCAUGCUACCGAAUGUGUCGCGAGUCGUUUGGGAGACACCAUCGGUGCUCUCAUCAACGUCACUUUCGGAAAUGCGGUAGAGCUCAUUAUCUUCAUUAUCGCACUCGUGAAGGACGAAAUUCGAGUGGUUCAAGCCUCCUUGUUAGGUUCCAUUCUAGCGAACCUGCUGCUUAUCAUGGGAAUGGCCUUCCUCCUGGGAGGUCUUCGUUUCCAGGAACAAAUCUACAACAGCACUGUUACUCAAAUGAGUGCAUGUCUUCUCAGCUUGAGUGUCAUGAGUUUGCUUUUGCCCACCGCUUUCCACGCCUCAUGGUCGGACAACACCGCUGCUGAUAAAUAUACCCUGAAAGUCAGCCGCGGAACUAGUGUGGUCUUGCUUCUUGUUUACGUCCUCUACAUUGUCUUCCAACUCAAGUCCCACUCCUAUCUAUAUGCCAGUAUCCCACAACAGAUCAUCGACGAGGAAUCACACCCUGGUGUUCUGGCCGACUUUAUGAACCAUUCUUCAGAUUCCUCCAGCAUUGUCAUGUUGCUUCUCUCUACUGGCUUGGUCGCUGUCUGUGCCGAAUUUCUAGUGGACGCAAUUCCCGAGAUGAUCGAAAGCUCAUCCGUCAGUGAGGCCUUCAUCGGUCUAAUCAUUCUUCCCAUUGUUGGUAAUGCAGCGGAACACGUUACCGCCGUCAGUGUGGCUACAAAGAACAAAAUGGAUUUGUCCAUCGGUGUCUCUGUUGGUAGUAGUAUUCAAAUCGCCAUUUUCGUCACCCCUCUGGUGGUCAUUCUCGGCUGGUGUAUGGACAAAGACAUGUCCUUGUACUUCACUCUCUUCGAGACUAUAAGUCUUUUCGUCACCGCGUUUGUGGUGAACUUCCUGGUGUUGGAUGGUCGCAGUAACUAUCUCGAAGGCGCUCUUUUGAUUGCCGCCUAUGUGAUUAUUGGUGUUGCUGCGUUCUUCUACCCCCCUGCUAGUCAAUCUAGCGAUGUUGCUAGUGCUGGGUAUUAG